UUUUUCUUGUUUGACUCAUGUUGACGGUGUUGUCAGACGGAGACACAGGAGAAAACGUGGACAGUCUACCUUACCUUCUCUACCUCUAUUCGCCGCUUUGUCAGUUAGCUAGAGUUGUUUAAUACGUAGCUGAAAAAAAAUAUAUAUAUAACUAUAAUGACGGAACAGUCUUCGUUGUUAUUACGCAAACAAUUAGCAGAGCUGAAUAAGAACCCGGUGGAAGGCUUCUCUGCGGGUCUCGUGGACGACGAUGACAUCUAUCAGUGGGAAGUGGUUGUCAUCGGACCUCAGGACACGCUGUUUGAAGGAGGAUUUUUCAAAGCCACGUUAACUUUUCCCCGUGAUUAUCCUUUGAGGCCACCGAAGAUGAAGUUCAUCACGGAAAUCUGGCAUCCAAAUGUGGCAAAAAAUGGCGACGUUUGCAUCUCCAUCCUGCAUGAACCCGGUGAGGACAAGUACGGCUACGAGAAGCCUGAGGAGCGCUGGCUACCGAUCCACACAGUGGAGACCAUCAUGAUCAGCGUUAUCUCCAUGCUGGCAGAUCCCAACGGAGAUUCUCCUGCCAACGUGGAUGCAGCUAAAGAGUGGAGGGAGGAUCCUAAAGGAGUUUUUAAGAAAAAAGUGGCACGCUGCGUGCGGAGGAGUCAAGAAAUGGCUUUCGACUAAAGGCCUAACUCAACAUCUCAGUUUGAACUUCACAGUGGAUUGGACAACUAUUUACACUUUAGUCAGCCCGGACAACUGCUGGCAGAACUUUUACAACUUCUUACUGAUGAAGAAACACAGCGCAGCUCUUUAUUUUGUUCUCUAGCCGUUUCAAUAGUCGUUGCCAUUUUUGGAUAUUGCUCAGUGGCACUUACGCUGCCUAAACCCUGUUUUCCAUCAGAUCACCAUUAACACAAUCAGCAUUUCACCCACAGGACAUAAAUUACACAGCGUAUUACUUUGUUGUCACGUACGUACCCAUCAGGUUAUUGGAGAAAACAUCUUCUGUGAUAAAUGCACCAUUUUCUAAAGUUACUUUACUUUGUACUUACAUAUUUAUUUAGAGUGAGGCUAUUUUUAGACGCAUUUUGUCUGUUCAAGGGUUUUCUUUUUACUUUCAGCCUGCCACACUGAGCCAUUCAGUCUCGAAUCAACCAAUUAUGCAAUUUUGGAGCGUUUGCAGUGGUUUAAAGAGAUGGAAACAGACACUUGCUUUCCUUCCCCCUGUACAUCCUAAGUGCUCUUUCUCUCAUUGAGUGGGAAUCACUCAGCACUGCCUUAACUCUGACAACCAGGGAAGGAAACCGCUCUUCAGUAAGGACUGCUUGUUUGAAUCCAGAAAAACUGCUGUGACAAACCAAAGAAUACAUCAAUAAAUGUGAUUUUUAAUGAAGAUGUUAAACGUUUUAACUAUGUAAAUACAAACUGUUUUGUUCUCAAUAUUGCACAUGUAGAAGAAAUGCAUUCUCCUGUUCUCUUAGGAGUGGUAGUGGGUCAUCAUUGUUCUCAAAUUUUUUGAAUAGCACCCACAAAAGAUUCUAUGUUGUAGCAUUUUUAAAAAGGUAUGCAGUUGUAUUCAUUGGGGUAAAUGAAUGUUAAAACAAUAAUAAAAGCUCAGUGUGGACAACGUUGAA